UGAUAACCUUCCUGAUAAGAUUAAAACAAAACGAUGCAUAUAAAAGCUACACCUAAAGAGAGAAAUAAGGCAUUGGACGGUGCACCACACGAAUCGCAAUAUGGCAGGACCAGGGGACAUUACGGGAAAGACUUGUCUGAUCACAGGAGGCGCCUCUGGUUUGGGAGCGUUAUACGCUGAAGCUUUCCUGCGGGAAGGAGCUAAGCAUGUAGCUAUACUAGAUAUAGUAGAGGAGAAAGGGAAAGAAACAGCUGAGCAACUGAAUAAAACAUAUCCUGGAAAAGUGACGUUUAUCAAGUGCGACGUCGGCGAUGAGUCCAGCAUCUCAAAAAGCUUCAACCAAGUUGUGGACACUGUGAAACAGUUGGACGUGGUGAUCAACAACGCUGGUAUUUUUAACGAUUCUCCUACUGUCUGGAGAAAAUCCUGUGAUGUCAACUGGCAAGCUCUGGUGUCAUUUUCGAUGAGAGCAGUAAAGCACAUGCGAAAAGAUGAAGGCGGGGCAGGCGGGACCAUCGUAAACAUCGCGUCCGUAGCAGCUCUCCGGCCAACAGGAUGCUAUCCUAUUUACUGCGGAUCUAAAGCUGCUGUGCUACAUUUCAGUCAAAGUCUUUCGCAAGCUCCGUUUGAAGAAAAAACAGGUAUACGAGUGUUAACAAUAUGCUUAGGACCAACGAACACGGCUAUCAUGAAAAACCUGGCUGAAAGGAGGUACGACCAAAAAUUUGGCGAUCUCCUUUUAAACAGCAUCACCGAGGAUUCACUACAAAAAACUGAACCAGCUGUAGCGGCCUUCAUCACCAUGUUCAAACAGGCGUCCAACGGCUCGGUGUGGCUGUCGGAGGACAAUCAACCAGUCGAAGACAUCACGCCGAAGAUACAAAACUUUUAUAAAUCAUUUGCUAAAUAAAUGUUAUCUUUAAAAUGAAUCUGUGUAAACAA